GUCAGGUAAAUCAGGAUGUUGAUAAUGAUAAUUUAAUAAAUGAUAUGCCUAAUUUUGGAUAUGGAGUCGAUCAAGAUAUUGAUAAUUUACAUGAUGAUCUUGUUAAGAUUUACAAUCAAGUAGAGGAAAGUAACUUGAUUAAAUUUGGUAUAAUUGAUUUGGAUGAUAAUACAAUGUCACAAUUAAAACCAUAUAUAAUUAUCAAAGAAAAAUACGAAAAAAAUUUUGAAUUUGAAAUAUUUAAUGAUGAAAUCAUUAAAAAGAUGCUUAGUGACAUUAAAAUGAUUAGCAAUAAAGAUUCUGUUACUAAAUUUAUUCAAAGUUAUAAUCACUUAGAAACUUUUGAUAAUUUUGAAAUAUCAGCAAGAAUAAAACAUUUUAUUUUGUGGACUGUAAAGAUUUUGUGGAACGUUUUUGCAAAAAAUGAUUCAUAUUUGGACAAAGCUCAUUCUGAAAUGCACAUUUCUACAAUGUUACAUGCUCCUGUCUUAGAAUGUCUUUUUGGAUGUAAAGAUCCUAGUGAUGCCAAUAAAAUAAGAAGAAAUGAAAUUAAGAAAAAAAGAGUUAGGCUUGCUCAAAUUCCUGAUGCUAAAUUGACAUAUGGAAUCAAGGAUGUUGAAGUAUUAGUUGUGGAAAAAGCAAAAGAUCCAAUACAUAAAGAUAUAAAAAAAGCUUCUGGAGAUCAGAACAAGUUGAGCAUGCUAAUGCAUGAUCAACAUACUUGCUUUUAUUCAAUAUUGUAUGAGAAUUAUCUUGAAGAGGAAAUGAAUAAGAUUAAUGUUUUUGGAUUGCGAAUAUCAAAGUUGCAACUAACAGGGUAUAUAAUGCAUGUACCAGCCCCUGGUCUAUAUGUUAAAUCAAGAUUAUUUUCUGUAAAUUUUCCAAAGAGACUGUCUGAUAUGUCUUCCCUAAGAGAGUGUUUGAUCAACUUAAUUAAAUUUAGGUUGAUGUUGGACAAGUCCUAUAAUGAUUUUCUAAUGGUUCUUGAAAAAGAUGAUGGAUUUAGAACACCAAGAAGAUUAGGUAACCCUUGGAUUGUGAAAUUUAAUAAAUCACCACCUACUAUUUUAAAGGAAGAAAAGGAAAACUCUAAAUGA